GAAUAUGUUCUAAGAGAUAACGCUAUUUUUAUGAAUAUAAUCUUAAAAUUAAUCUCAAAAAAAUUAAAUCAUAAGGAUUGAGGAGUGAGAGUCCAAAUAGAAGGUUACUCCAAAGUUCAGAACUUCUGAGUUGUUUUAAUUAGAAUCAUUUUUUGUCUGGCAACUCAAGUAAGAGUAUAUCUUUCAAAUUUUCACGAAAAAUGGCCACUCUUCAGAAGCUCUCAAGAAAUUUACUUUGUUCAAAGCAAAGGAGAUUAUUUCUGUCCUCCAAAUUGAAUAAUUCAAGUGGAUAUUCAUUUGCUUUGAGUGAUACUCAAAAAGAAAUUCAAGAUGUUGCGAGAAAAUUUGCUCGGGAAGAAAUUUUACCAAUUGCUGCUCAACAUGAUAAAACUGGAGAGUACCCUCAUCAAAUUGUCAAGAAAGCUUGGGAUUUGGGACUUAUUAAUGGUCACAUACCGGAAGAUAUCGGAGGAAUGGGUAAUAGUGUGUUUACUGGAUGUUUAGUAGCUGAGGAACUUGGUUAUGGUUGCACAGGUAUAGCUACAGCAUUAGAAGCGACAGGAUUAGGGCAAACACCUGUUAUUAUUGGUGGUAACAAAGAGCAACAGAAAAAAUAUCUUGGGCGCCUACUGGAGGAACCUCUUCUUGCUGCUUAUUGUGUAACUGAACCAGUUGCUGGAUCAGAUGUGGCAGGUAUCAAAACAAAAGCUGAAAAGAAGGGUGAUGAAUACAUUCUUAAUGGACAAAAAAUGUGGAUUACAAAUGGAGGUGUUGCAAACUGGUAUUUUGUAUUGGCUCGUACCAAUCCAGAUCCAAAAGCUCCUGCAAGUAAAGCUUUUACUGGUUUCAUAGUAGAAAGGGAGUGGCCUGGAGUAACUCCAGGAAGGAAGGAACAAAAUAUGGGUCAGAGGGCCAGUGAUACGAGAGGUAUUACAUUUGAAGAUGUUCGAAUUCCAAAGGAAAAUGUUCUAAUUGGAGAAGGUGCUGGAUUCAAGAUUGCUAUGGGCACCUUUGACAAAACUAGACCACCAGUUGCAUCAGCAGCUACAGGCUUAGCACAAAGAUGCUUAGAUGAAGCUUCUAAAUAUGCAAAUGAACGUAAAACUUUUGGAGUACCAAUAUCACAUCAUCAAGCUGUAGCUUUCAUUUUGGCUGAUAUGGGUAUUGGCGUUGAACUAGCAAGAUUGGCAUGGAUGAAAGCUGCUUGGGAAGUUGAUAACGGUAAGAGGAACACUUAUUCUGCUUCGAUUGCUAAAUGUUUUGCUGCUGAUGUUGCCAACAAGAAUGCUACAGAUGCUGUACAAAUUUUCGGAGGCAAUGGAUUUAACACCGAAUAUCCAGUUGAAAAACUGAUGAGAGAUGCAAAAAUUUAUCAAAUUUAUGAGGGAACUGCUCAAAUUCAGAGAAUAAUUUUAUCUAGACAAAUAAUCGACAGAGCUAAAGAAUUGAAUUAAUUACAUAUUUGGGGAGGGGUUGCGAUUUCCAUAUUUGGAAAACAAAUUUGAUAUACAAUAAUAGAUGAUCAUUUACAACAUAAUUUUUGAAAGAAUUUUUAUAUACAGAAAAUAUUCUACUUUUUAUACAUUUCAAGUGAAACUGUUAAAUUGAAUAAAUGAUUAUAUAUGUUA